AUGCAAUCAGCUGAGGAAUCUCACGAGCCUCGCCUGGACAAGGCUCGGCAUGUGAAGUACUGGACGCGAUGCUUGAAGACGCUCCUACCUCACCACUACACCGGAAAUGAGUCCAACCGCAUGUACCUGGCUUUUAUGAUCAUCUCUGCCCUCGAUAUACUGGACGCCUGGAGCACGGUCGCAAAGGAGAGCGAAAAGAAAGAGUACGUAGACUGGAUCUACCAUUGUCAACAUCCGAAUGGCGGCUUUCGAAUGUGGCCGGGGACCAACUUCGACGAGAGGGCCAGCGAAGCGAAUGCGAAGUGGGAUCCCGCAAAUGUGCCUGCCACUUACUUUGCUCUUGCAGCACUCCUGGCGAUUGGCGAUGAUUUGACGAGGGUGAAACGGAAAGGGGCAUUACAGUGGCUCGUCAAAAUGCAACGACCCGACGGUUCCUUUGGCGAGACGCUCGUAAAUGGACAGAUCGAAGGUGGGCGGGAUCCACGAUUCGGGUAUUGUGCUGCAGGAGUCCGAUACAUCCUCCGGGGCGACAGCGAGGGAACCCUCAAUAUCGAUGGUACCAGCGUACAAGAUAUUGACAUUAACAAGCUUGUCGGCUGCAUCUCCCUCGCAGAGUCCUACGACGGUGGGAUAGCCGACGAACCGUUUCACGAACCUCAUGCUGGCUACACGUUUUGUUCACUGGGCUGUCUCAAAUUUGUCAACCGCCUACGCACUCCCGACGGAGAUACAUCCCAUUCGCAACCCACAGCACCUAGAGAUCCUCAUAUGACUCUACGGUGGCUCACCGAACGCCAAACCGACCUCUCCGACCCCGACGCCGAACUCGAAGAAGCAGACAACGACCCAGUCUCACAAACCCACGAACAAGCCCCCAAGCCCACCACAACCUCCCAAUCAACCCCACCCCUCCACCAAAGCCCCGACAAAACCACCCUCCUCAGCCCCUUCGGCCUCGAACCAACCCCCCUCGACGCAGCAGGCAUGAACGGCCGCACCAACAAAGUCGCCGACACCUGCUACGCCUGGUGGGUCUGCGCGUCGUUUUCCAUCCUGCAACAACCGAAUCUCUGGGACCACUCCGCGCUGCAGAAGUACUUACUUGAUAAAACGCAACAUCCCGCUUUGGGCGGCUUUGGGAAGUUCCCGGGAGAUUUGCCAGAUUUGUAUCAUAGCUGUUUGGGGCUUGCGGCGCUGGGGUUGACGGGACUGGAGGGCAUCAAGGAGGUGGAUGGGAUGAUGUGUAUUAGCAAAGAUGCCAGUGAAAGGUUACCUGCGUUGUGGAAGUCGUGGUAG